GAUAGUGAUGGGUCAUGCGCACAAGCAUCGGCUCUGAGAGCCGGCUCUUUGUAGUGAAUCAGAAGAGCCGGCUCGCAUCGAGUGAGAGCCGGCUCCCAGUUUUUUGCCCAUUCGCUGCUUAGGUUUCACUUUCACAGAGGUCUGUUAUGAUUGGCCAGCAUGGCGACCAGCAUGCGGCAUUCACGUGAGAAUUAAGGAUGUGUAAACAGAGAGGGGGCGGGGCAGACACACCACUUGACUCCACUGCAAGUGAAGAGAGAGACAGAGCGGACUGAGGAGCGUGUGUGCGUCUUGCAUUGUCGUGUCGUUUAACUAUGAGUGACACUAGAAAGCGAAGCAGCAUCUGGCUGCAGUUUAAAGAUAUUGGGAACAAGAAAGCAGAGUGCCUUCACUGCAAAACGAAGGUCACUAUAAGAGCAGGUUCCACCACAAACCUGCAUAGACAUACAAGAACUGUCCAUCCUACAGUGCAGUUAGAGGAGAGAGGGCAAGCCAGCUCACCAUCUACUGAUCCUGGUGUGUCUCAUACCAGAACAACAGCUGCUGUAACGUCUACUGCCAUCCCCAUGCGUGCAAGUAUAACCUCUCCUACUGCAACUCAAAGCAAAAUAAGUCAGUUUUUACCUAAACUGAUGACCCCAGCCAAACAGCACAGUAUUGAUGAUGAGUUGGCUAAAAUGGUAGCUUCUGAUUUUCAACCCUUUUCCAUUGUGGAGGACAAAGGAAUGAAAAACUUUGUCAAAGCCCUAAAUCCCACAUACACUCUACCCAGUAGAAAAACACUUUCCCAAACAAUGAUCCCAAAACUAUAUGACACAGAACGUGCAUUAUGGCAAGAAAGGGUGACAAAAGCUCCAUCAGUUUGCCUGACAACUGACUGCUGGACCUCCAGAACAACCUGCUCUUUCAUGUCUGUCACUUGCCACUUUAUUGAAGAUUACAAGAUGACAUCUUGCCUUCUGGACUGCUUCGAGUUCACCGACAGACACACUGCAGAAAACUUGGCAGUGGAGCUACUAAGAGUGGCAAAAGAGUGGCAAGUAGAGGACAAAGUGGUGUGCUGUGUGAGUGAUAAUGCUGCAAACAUCACCAAAGCCAUAAAAGUUUUGAAGUGGACCCAUCACCCAUGUCUGGCGCAUACACUAAACCUGGUGGUUAGAGAUGCUCUGAAGGUGAUCAAAACAACCGUGGAUAAGGUGAAGGCUGUUGUGGAGUUUUUCCACAAAAGCACAGUAGCAGCACAGAAGCUAAAGUCCACACAGCGCCAAAUGGGGAUUCCUGAACUGAGGCCCAAACAAGAGUGUGCCACCAGGUGGAACUCAACAUUUGAUAUGUUGAAACGAAUGCUUGAAAUAAAAGAUGCCAUCAUCUCCACCCUGGCCCUCAUCAACGCAUCUAUUGAGCCAUUAAGCCAAGAGGAAUGGGAGCUGGUGAAAGAGGUCUGCGCCGUCCUGCAACCAUUCCAGGAGGUGACUGUGGAGAUAAGUGCAGACAGGUACCUAGAACCAUUGAAGCAUUGUUUUCUCUACUACUAUUCAGUCACUAUUAUACAUUGCAAACACAACACAUACAGUAUAAUGCAUCACGUAUAAUAUGCCACAUACUUUUAAAAAACUAAAUUCUAAAAGUUGCUGUUUUCUCUCCUUCAGCUAUGUCACAGCCUCGAAAAUGCUCCUGCUUUGCAAAGGUCUGCAGCUGGUGACAGCCGAGAACCAAUGGACAGUAACUGUGCAGAAAGUGAAGGAAUUAGUUGCAGCUCUUUGUUCAGCCAUGGACCGCAAAUUUCUGCGGAUGGAGUACAACACUGUCCUUUCAGAAACUACCUUAUUGGAUCCAAGGUUUAAAAAACUUGCCUUCAGUGAUCGUAGAGCUGUUGAUGAAGCUCUUCAGAGGAUUAGUGCAGCAGCAGCAGCAAAAUGCACCCCCAGCAGCCAGCCAGCUCCACCAUUACAGGGCCAAGUGGAGGAGGAGCAGCAAACCUCUGCUGUUUGGAGGCUUUUUGAUGACAGAGCUACAGGAGAUGCUUCAAGGAGAAAUCCGACAGCUGAUGCUAUAAUGGAGGUGAGGAGCUACCUUGAGGAGCCCCUCAUCCAGAGAGCAGAAGACCCACUGAGCUGGUGGCAGGCCAAGGCCUCAGUCUUUCCACUCCUGGUGAAGGUGAUGGAGGGGAGACUAUGUAUUGUUGCCACAUCAGUUCCUUCUGAGAGAAUCUUCUCCAAAACAGGGCAGAUACUCACGGAGAGGCGAAAUCGUAUCAGGCCUAUCAGCCCAUCCAAGCUGAGGCAUCUGAUCUUCCUGAAUGCCAACCUGCCCUGAGGACUAAUGCUGUUUGCUGGAGUUUGGUUCUGGUUUUGAUUCUGUUCUGUGGAUUUGUUUGAAGUUUAUUGUUAAUUUGUGCAAUAAAAAAGUUUAAUUGAAAUAAACAAAUGUAAGAGUGGUUUUGUCACAGAAUAAAUGCACAGAAUUAGGCAUUAUAAGGUCUCUCAUAAAAACACUGAAAGCAAAAGGGUUUUCAACACAUAAACCAUGAUUUUUUUUCAAAGUUAAGGUAAAAUAUAGGCUACAAAAGAUCCUAAAUAAAGAGCCGUUCGGGAGUCGAAAGAGCCGGCUCUUCUUUGGGAGCCGAGUCAAAAGAGCCGGCUCUCAGAAAAGAGCCGAACUUCCCAUCAUUAGUA